AUUCCAAGUUGUACUUCUGUGACUAUCACUACAACUUCAUUUGUGGCGGAAAAGUCAAAGUGGUUAUCCUGCGAGAUAUUUGUAUGUAUUACUUUUUUGUGUUUGUUAAAAACUGUAUUAAAUUUUGGUUAUUUUUUAGUGGACACUCUAAUCCAAGGAAAGUCACCAACCACCAGAACUGUAGAUAUUUUCUCAGAUCUGAAACAUGUCGGGAAAGCUUGCUACAAACUUCAGGAAAUGCUAAUGACUGUUAUCACUUAUGUUGACAAUGUACUGACCGGUAAAACCCCUGCUGACAACCAAGUUGGUCGAUUUUUGAUGGAUCUUGUGUCCAAUGUGCCUCAACUUGACUCGCAACAAUUUGAACAAAUGAUUAAUGAUAAUAUGAAGGAUCUUCUGAUGGUUGUUUAUCUGACAACGCUUGUCAACACUCAACUUACCCUCAAUGAGAAGUUGGUACAUAUUCGGCAGUCAUCAUCAAAAGAAAUCUGAAAGUCCUUGCAUUCAACUGACAAAAACUAAAUGCAUUUUUAACACUGUUAUAUCAAAGCAAACACACCAACUUUAUUUAAAGUUAGCAUCCUCUUUUAGGAUUUUUCUACCUCCAUGAACAAUUGUAAAAUCAAUAUCCUGUUGAUAGUAUCCUAUUUUUAAGUUUGAAUGCUCAGCAAAAGCUUUCUAGAAAGAACGGCAUUAAACAGCAAAAGAUUAAAA